CUCUUGUCAACAACCAACACCACCCUCAAAGAAUUGAAGGGAGUAUCCCGUUGUACUCAGGCUUUAUCCCUUCUUAAAGUGCUUGACAAUGAUUCUUCCUCUUUCCAUUUUCUUUUGCAGCUUUCUUUGGAUCGCUAAAUUGACAAAGGCAGACCAGUCGGAUCCGGAUCUAGUCGGUACUUGGAGUUCCAAAUCACAAACAGUAAUGACUGGACCUGAUUUCUUUGAUCCAUUAAACGAGGACUUUUUUGAACCCGACCUUCCUGGUAUUAGCUAUAGCUUUACGGACGAUGGCCAUUUUGAAGAAGCGUUGUACAUUAUUAAGCCCAAUGCCUCGGUCCCCCAUUGCCCAAAGGGAUUUUUGCAAUGGCAACAUGGUACUUACAGCAUCAAUGACUCGAAAGCUAUAAUCCUUUCUCCUAUUAAAGGCGACGGACGUCAACUCGAGAGUGACCCUUGCAAUAAUGGUGAUCAUUCCGUUUAUACUCGUUACACUCAAGAUGAAGUCAUGAAAGAAUACGCCGUAAGCGUCGACAAGUAUCAUGGUCGUUAUAAGCUUCAGCUUUACGAAUGGGAUGGUACACCCAAGCAACCCAUGUAUCUUGUAUAUCGUCCUCCCAAGAUGCUUCCUACUACAUUUUCUGGUGCUAGCGAUAGUAAUCAAGUCCAACAAAAGCGUUGGCUCUUAAAAUACAUUGCGCCCCUGGCUGACAAGCAUACUACUACGAUAUGGUGGUUGGGUUUGACUUUUAUUGCCGUUGGUAGUAUUGGCUAUUUAAUCGUAUCAUAAUGAAGCCGGUCCUACAUGUAUUGGUAAUUCCCUUAUGUUUUAAAAUCUCUUCUUUUUUUUAACGUAUAUAACUACAUUCAUUUAUUGAUUUAUAUUUCGUAUAUGAUGCUAAAGGAUCUUUGGUACAUAAACCUACUUUUGAGGGAAAUUCAUUUUCUUUAAUUGGAAAUUUGAAUGUUUCGUUUCUUUCGUUCUUUUUAAUAUUUUUUUUUUUAACUUUAGCUUUCUAUAGUCUCGGGACUUCAUACAAGAACUUCCCCGAUGUUACAGCCAUGCAUUUUGCAUUUCUCCUUUUGAGUCUUUCGUUCCUUUCUUUUUUUAUUCUCUUGGCAUGCAACCUAAUCUUUUUGCAGUUUAUUCUCGUUUUCACUGAGCCCUAACAUGAAAGGAGACAGUGUUUAAAAUUGUUUUAUAUGAAUCAUUUCUAUACUAACAAAAUCUUUUAACGGAAGGCAUCUCCAUUCAUGUAUUCUAUAGCUUUAAUGAACGUAAGUCUACAUUAUUUUUUGAAGAACUAAG